CUUGCUGCCGACAACCAUCUAAUUUGUCGCCAUGGCCAAAUCCAAAGACAAACACUCUGCGAAACCAGAGACGCAGCAGAAGAACGAUAAGUCAUUCAUCAAAGUUGACAAGAAGGCGUUUGACCCUACGCUAUCAUCGCUGUUUGCGAGCAGUGCAGGUCCAGUGCAGGCGCCUCCAAAGUCACGAUAUCAAGAUCGUAUACAAAAGCAUUCGGCCGAAGACGCGAGCGAGGCAGAUGAUGAAGUACUCUCAGAAUUGGAAAGUGAGGCUUCAGAUACCGAAGCAGACGGCGAGGAUGAUCAUGACAGGGAAGACUCCUCCGUAGCCAGCGAUGCUUCGUCCGAGGACGAAUCAGAAGCACACCAGUCUGAGAAUGAGGUAGUGCUCGCCAGGUUGAGAGAGUCGGCUUUGAGUGGGGCGCAAGAAAAGCCAAACAAGAAGCGCAAGCGGGGCGACAAAGAGGAGAUCGAGGACACCUACAUGCGCAAGCUUGCCCUCGAGGAAGAGAAGGAGGAGGAGCAGCGACAAAAGAAGCGCAAGUCUGCAAAGGCUGCCGAGGAGGACGAGGCUUCAGACAAGGCAGCGCAUGAAGAGGUAGACUUUGCGCCCCCCACGCACGAGUCGCUCGCGGAGACGACGGACAAAGAUGCAUCAGAGCUGGAGAAGGCUGCCCGCACCGUCUUCCUUGGCAACGUGUCCACUGAAUGCAUAAGCUCCAAAUCCGCCGAGAAAGCUCUCAAAAAGCACCUUGAGUCCUUCAUCUCUGAUUUGGCAGACAACAAGCCCCCUCACAAAAUUGAGUCGAUACGCUUUCGCUCCACAGCGUUUGCCAGCGCUUUGCCAAAGCGCGCUGCUUUCGCAAAGAAGGAGAUUAUGGACUCGACGACGAAGAGCACACACGCCUAUGCCGUAUACACGACCAAGGUUGCUGCACGAGAGGCAGUGAAGCGACUGAAUGGAAGCCUUCUUCUCAAACGUCACCUGCACGUCGACUCCGUUGCCCACCCAAUGAAAGUCGACCACCGCCGUUGCGUCUUUGUAGGCAAUCUACCCUUUGUAGAUGACGAGAGUCAGACUCCCAACGAAGACGGGUCAGAGAGGAAGAAGAAAGCUGCGUCUGACGUCGAAGAAGGUCUUUGGGUGCACUUCGCCAAAGCAGGCAAGAUAGAGAGCGUCCGCGUAGUUCGCGAUGCUAAGACGAGGGUUGGGAAAGGAUUUGCUUAUGUUCAGUUUGUGGAUGAGAACGGCGUCGAAGGAGCUCUUCAACUCAACGAGAAGAAAUAUCCGCCUAUGCUCCCGCGUAUACUUCGUGUAACACGGUGUAAAGCAGAGAAGAAGAACAAGGACAAACCGCGCGGUCCGCCACCGUCCAAGUCACCCAAAACCAACGGCAAGGCAGGAUAUGCGCCGAAGAUGACCGAGGAGCAGAAGUCGAUGCAAGGCCGUGCACGGUCGAUGUUGGGUAAAGUGGCCAAGGCGCAGACGAAAGAGGCAUUUGUAUUCGAGGGCCACAGGGCCAGUGAGAAGCAGGGGAAGAGUGGCUUGAAAUUCAAGGGGAGUGGAGGAAAGCAAAAGGGUCCAAAUGGACGGAAGAGUAGGAGUUCUGCGUGGAAGAAGACGGGUGCGAAGAAGUAGGAGUAGUAGUCGCAUUAUGUAGUCACGCACGCCGAAUUACUGUCAGUACAAGUCCCCAAAGAAACAUACUAUGGACUUUGCUAUGGCCCCUCGCCCAUGGACAAUGUCGUAACAUGUACAUGCGCGUGCACAUGACACUUGAUUACAGCCUCCCGAUAAGUUUCACUAUCCAAGGGAUCUGUAAUAGUGAUGGCGGACAGAUUCAAUUGUACCUUGGGUAUAGGAAGAGAGCAGAAUACCGGAUAGUAGGUUUCGUGGUGUUUUGCUCCAUGGCUAUGCUGCGUGUCGUCAGGUGAAAGUAUGGUAUGGCUAUCAUGGGUAAUCUGAAGAACGAUGUUGAUGUUACUUCCGUGUUUGACCUAAAGAGGAAGGCGGAACGGAGUCGCGACCAUGUACCGGAGGACGUGAGGGGAUCUGCAAGACGGAAGAUGUAACCUAAUUUGAUUAAUGCGAUGAGCAAUCGACGCUGAUACGCCAGGUGCG